AACAACUCCUCGAGGCUUACCGGCAUACCGAAAAAGCUCAAGACCUUUACCCAGAUCGUAAUUCAAGAUGCUUCCUACAAGAGCACUCGCACGCAGUCUCACUGCAACCCGCAGCCCCGUUGCCAAGACCUCCCUCCGGCCCUGCCUGUCCGGAUUAGCGAGCUUAGCGAGAUCCAACUUUCACACCUCGAUACCUCCUCGAAAUGCUGCCUCAGAAGCUACGGCGGUACCGUUGUUGAUCAACGGUCGGGAGAUCAAGACCGGACAUCCAUUCGACCUGAAGCAUCCUCGAACGGGGGAGGUGGUCAGCCAGUUUCACGGCGCUUCCGAGCAAGACCUAAAUGAUGCUGUUUCCAGCGCAAAGAUCGCUUUCAGAUCCUGGGCUGCUCUUCCAGCUGGGAAACGACGUGACAUCCUGUACAAGGCAGCCAACCUGAUCGAAGAACGCUACGAAUCCGUCCUCGCCCCCGCUUAUGCCAAGGAUACGAACGUCGCCUCGAUCGUGUUUGGGACGGACAAGGCGUACGGGGUGGAACACUUGAAGAGCGCUGCGGCAUUGACGACAGAGUUGAAGGGCGAGAUUCCGCCUACGAUGGACGGGUCGUUGGCCUUGGUCACACGCGAACCUUAUGGUGUCAUCCUGGCUAUCAGCCCUUUCAACUUUGGUAUCACCCUCGGCGUCCGAGCAUUCUGUUACGCCUUAGCAUGCGGUAACGCCGUCAUCUGGAAGGCCAACCAACAAAUCCCUACGUUGCAUUACGAACUCUGUAAAAUCAUGCACGACGCCGGUGUCCCUAAAGAAGUCUUGCAGAUGGUCCAGUUCGCCCCCGGCACGGAACCCGAACGGACUGAACAACUGAUAGCUCAUCCGGAUAUCAAGCUCGUCAACUUUACCGGGUCGAUCGGUGUGGGAUCUUCUAUCGGGGCUUUGGCUGGAAAGUACAUCAAACCCGCCUUGCUCGAGCUCGGGGGGAACGCACCUGCUGUCAUCUUGGAGGAUGCGGAUUUGGCCAUGGCGGCCAACAAUAUCGUCUUCGGUGGGAUGCUGCACAGCGGGCAUAUCUGUAUGAGUACGGCGAGGAUUGUCGUCCUCGAGAGCGUGGCCGAUCAAUUCGUGAGCGAGCUGGAAAAGAUCGUUGCCGCCGAGUUCAAGGGUCUGGAUAGGAUGCGUAUGGCCAACAAGGCCGGGGUGGACAAGCUGCAUAGCCUGGUCGCUGAUGCGACGUCCAAGGGAGCCAACCUGAUCAAGGGCGUCGCAAUCACACCGAAAGACGAUGAGAUCUCCCACGCUCCCGUCAUCCUCGACCGUGUGGACUCGUCCCAGGACAUUUACCACCAAGAGACGUUCGGUCCCUCGCUUGUCGUCAUCCGGGCCAAGGAUGUCGAGGACGCUAUCCGGAUCGCCAACGACUCGGACGUCGGACUCAGUGCGAGCGUAUGGGGCAAAGAUUACAAGCAGUGUUUGGACGUAGCCAAGCGAAUCGAGAGCGGGGCGGUGCAUAUCAACAGUAUGACGGUACAUGAUGAACCUAACCUGCCUCAUGGUGGAAUGAAGAACUCUGGGUUCGGGCGAUUCAACGGACAAGCUGCCGGAAUGCAGUUUACGCAGACCAAGUGUAUCACAAUGCGAGAACCGCACAUGCUCCCCAUCGCGUACAUCAAGUGAUGUCCAUGCGGUAUCCAGUGAAGCAAAAGUGCCGGAAUGUAUGAAUAUGCGUAGGAUCGCUUGUAUGUGCGACCAAGGUGAUACAACUUGUAUGGGAGAGAGCCAGUCUU